UACUGAUAUUGUGAAGGACAUGACUGAACAUUAUUAACAAACAGAACUCUUUUUUAAUGUUCAAUGAAAUUGAUCUAACGAUCUCCUUAUUAUUUCACAAUCAAAUGAAUCUAGAAAAAAUAUUUACAUAUGGCUUAUCUUUCAAUCUAAUUCAAGUUAUCUAAUAUCUAUAGGUUACUAUUUUUAUCAUAGCCUAUUCAUUUCAGCUGACGCAUACAACUCUUAUAAAUAAUUAUUGUAAACUGCUAUAAAAACAAUGUGUCUUUAUUUUUAAUGAAUUCAAGUUAUAGUUACAGUUUUGUUUUUUAUAUUUUAUAAUUAAUAUCUUAUAUUGUUAAGAAAUGGAUAAUAUUUUAAAAGAAGCUGCUAUCCAAAUAGGAUCUGGUGGUACAGCAGGAUUUGUAGAAGUUUGCAUAAUGCAUCCUCUAGAUCUGGUGAAAACAAGAUUACAGUUACAAAAUAAAAAUUUAAUGAAAGCAGAUCCUCAGUUUUACAAUGGCGUAGUCGAUUGUUUGUUGAAAAUGUACAAAAAUGAAGGCUUGGGAUCAUUUUGGAAAGGAAUUAUCCCACCUAUUUUAGUUGAGACUCCAAAAAGAUCAGUGAAGUUUUUCACUUUCGAACAAUACAAGCAAUUAUUCUUGUUUGGACACAGUUCUCCAACACCGGUCACCUACUCCCUAGCAGGUCUCAGUGCAGGUAUUACUGAAAGUAUUUUGGUUACCCCCUUUGAAGUGGUCAAAGUAGAACUACAAGCCAAUAGGCAGAAAGUGAAGGAUGCUCCGUCGACCUUCCUGGUUGCCAGAAAAAUCAUCGCAAAUGGCGGUUUGGGAUCUAGAGGGCUCUUCAAAGGACUUAGCGCCACUAUCCAUCGUAAUGGUCUCUUCAAUAUGGUGUACUUUGGGUUCUACCAUUCUAUGAAAGAAAUAAUUCCUGCUCAUGAGAAUGAAAAAGUAGAAUUCUUGAAAAAGUUUGGAAUUGGAUUCGCCUCUGGUACACUGGCUUCUUGCCUAAACAUUCCUUUUGACGUAGCGAAAUCUAGAAUACAGGGACCACAACCACAACACAAUAUAAUCAAGUACAAAACUACUUACGGUGCUUUAGCUACUGUAUAUAAGGAAGAAGGAUUCCGUGCUUUAUAUAAGGGGCUCUUACCUAAAAUUCUUCGACUUGGACCAGGAGGGGCCAUCAUGCUUCUAGUUUUUGAAUAUAUGCAUGCUUAUUUGAAGAAUAAGUUCGACUGACAACUCGCAAAUUGAAAAUGGAAGUAUUUUAUAAUUCAAGAGUAUCUGAAAUUGAAUUUUAUUGAUAAUUUGUACGAAUAUCCAUAUGAAAUAUCCAUUUAUUAUGUUUUAAUAUGUUUUUUGUUUUUUUUUUAUACAAAUCAACCAAUAUAUAUUAUUCAAAUAUAUUUCCAAUUUUUA